AUGGCGGACUUUGAGGAUCGAGUGUCGGAUGAGGAGAAGGUACGCAUAGCUGCUAAAUUCAUCACUCAUGCACCCCCAGGGGAGUUUAAUGAAGUAUUCAAUGAUGUCCGGCUACUACUUAACCAUGACAAUCUCCUCAGGGAAGAGGCAGCUCAUGCAUUUGCCCAGUAUAACAUGGAUCAGUUCACACCUGUGAAGACAGAAGGCUAUGAAGAUCAGGUCUUAAUUACAGAACAUGGUGAGCUGGGUAAUAGCAGAUUUUUAGAUCCAAGAAACAAAAUUUCCUUUAAGUUUGAGCACUUAUGGAAAGAAGCAAGUGACCCCCAUCCAGAGGAAAUAGAUGGAAGUUUGAAGUCUUGGAGAGAAUCCUGUGACAGUGCUUUAAGAGCCUAUGUGAAAGAUCAUUAUUCCAACGGCUUCUGUACUGUAUAUGCUAAAAUUAUAGAUGGACAACAGACUAUUAUUGCAUGUAUCGAAAGCCACCAGUUCCAGCCUAAAAAUUUUUGGAAUGGUCGCUGGAGGUCAGAGUGGAAAUUCACCAUCACACCACCUGCAGCCCAGGUAGUUGGAGUGCUCAAGAUUCAGGUCCACUAUUACGAAGAUGGCAAUGUUCAAUUGGUUAGUCAUAAAGAUGUGCAAGAUUCAAUAAGUGUGUCGAAUGAAGCCCAGACUGCCAAGGAGUUUAUUAAAAUCAUAGAGAGUGCAGAAAAUGAGUAUCAGACAGCGAUUAGCGAAAACUAUCAGACAAUGUCAGACACCACAUUCAAGGCCUUGCGCCGGCAGCUUCCUGUUACCCGCACCAAAAUCGACUGGAACAAGAUACUGAGCUAUAAGAUUGGCAAAGAAAUGCAGAAUGCUAAAAGGCCGACUCUGGGAUUAUUCAGUACAUGGAAAGAAAAUGAUUCAACAUGUGGUCAUAUGAUAAAUAAGUGAUUUAUAAAGAAAAGUGAUAUUUUGCUAGGGCUUUCAAACUUAACAGAUUUUCUAGCCUCAUGGAAUACUGUUCAACCUAUAGCAUUGUCUUGACCUUGCAUUCUCUGCCUUGUAAUUUUCUGUCAUGGCCGUAUCUACUUGUAAUUUUUUUUUCCUGUUUUCUGUUGGAGAGAGAGAUCUAUCUUAGAAUCAUUUUAUUGUGUAGAAAAUUUUCCUAGCCAUGAAGUCCUGCUACUAUUUAUGUAACAUGUUCAGUACUUUUUUACUGCUAUGCUUCAGAGCACUUGUGUUCCUUCAGUGGCUUCUAUUGAUCCAACAGAUAGAGGGGUCGUGCUGUAAACUGUAGCUAAAUGGAAGAUGCAUUCAUCCUUUUCCAUUUGGCUGCUCUGAUCACCAUUUACAGCAUCUCAUAACCGUUAAAGCUUUGCAUUAGGGUCUUUCAGGUUCAUUUGGGUGGGAGCAAAAGAAAUAUUCUGAGAAUUCCAUGAUAGCCAGCUUUUCUGGGUGAACUUGUUUCUAAAUCCAAAGACUUGAACCAUUUCCUGCACAAGAACAUGUUUGCUUUUUUGGGGGGAGGGGAUUCUCUCAUUGUCUCCUUCCCUAUUGUAGGUAUUGACACCUGCAUUUUUAGAAGAAUUUUACCCAUUUACAUUUUUGUUUGUGUAUGUGUUUAAGAACUGCUGACAUACUGUGGAUGUGGUGAAACUUGAAAAAUGCAGUGUUGAAGAAAUCAUGGGUAUCAUCCUUUAGUGCUUUGUGGCGGGACUGUGCUAUAAGCAAGUGAAUCAAACAGCUCUAUAAAUCACAAAAACUAAAACCAAAGUGAAAAGAGUAACUUCCAGGCAGUAUCUCUCUAUUGUAACCUGUUAUUUAAGAGCAUACUAGUGUUUUCUAAGUAGGAUGUAAAUCUUGUUCCAAAUUACUCUUUU